CGUUCAAUAUAAUAAACUAAUUUGUUGUAAUUCGUUUUAGUCGCAUAUCGAUUCAAUCAUGAAACCGUUGUUGAAAAAUCAGCAAGUUUUCAAAUUGCUUUGUGUAUUUCCUAUGGAUGAAUCCAUUGAUAAAUGGAAAAAAUAUAGUUACCAUACUUUUGCGAUAUGCAUUUUCAUUGCAAAUUCUUGUGGUGCCGUUGCGGGAAUGGCGUAUUUCAAUAAAUUCGUGAAUAUUGAUUUGGGAAGUUCGUUAUAUACUCUUUUUAAUAUUUUUGGUGCAGCAUCGACGGCGUAUGUAACUCUCGUGAUCUUGUUGCGUCGUCAGAAAAUGGCUGCGAUUUUUGAAAGAUUGUCUAUUAUUUACAAUACAAAUAAAAAUGUGGAAAUCUUUGAAAUUUCAAUGCGAAAAGUAAACAAGCAAAGCGAAUGGAUGUUGGAAACUUACUUCAAAUACGGCAUGUUUGGAUAUGGUUUAAGUGUGAUUGUUAUGUCAACCAUUUCGAUAUUGCUUUGUUUCUUAAUGCAUGGAUAUUUUGAUGGCAACUACGUUUAUCGAGUUUUAAAUUUGAUUUUACCAUGGAAUCAAAAAACACCAUUGGGAUAUAUAUGCGAGUUGGGAUUUUCUCUAAUUCUUACCGAGUCCUAUUUCAUUGCAAACGGAUCUAUUAUAUUGCUGUUUAUUUCUUUGUGUUUGCAUCAUCGAGAAUUUUGGAAAACAUUUCAUCAUUUACUCAGCAAAUUGAUUAGUUCCAAUAGGAUUGCAAGCAAUAAGAAGUGCAUUAGAAAAUUAAUCGAGUUUCAUGUAUUGGUCAGAGAAUUAUUUCUUCAAUCAGCAGAAGCAAUUAGUCCAUUUAUUAUCGUUCAGUUAAUUUGCAAUAUGAUUAUUUUAGCCUGUAUGGCAUUUCAGCUGGAUUUGCAAUUGAAAAAUCCAGAUUUUGAAUUUAUAUCGGCGAUAUUUAUAAUGGGAAUUGAUUUGUCGAACUUAUUCGUGUUCUGUUUUUUUGGAAAAAUUGCAACAGAGAGUUUCGAAAAGAUGACUAACUCUUUGUAUGACACGAAUUGGCCAGACUACCCAUUGGUUAUGCAAAAGUAUUUGGUUUUUAUGAUGGCAAGUACUCAAAAACGAAUUCAUUAUCAUGGAAUGUUUGGAGUGGCCAUUUUGAAUUUGGAGACAUUUUCUCGGAUGAUCAAAUCAAUAGCCAGUUACUAUAUGAUGUUGAAAACGUUUAUAACCAACUGAGAUAUUUAAAUUUGCACAUUAGCUGCAAGUGAAUAUUAGAUCAAUUAAAACUGAAUAGAAACGCUGAAAUGUGAAGAAAAAUGUUUAAAAUUGAUGAAAUUCACAUGAAACCUGAAUAUUAUAAAUUUACAUUUAGUUGACUUUUAAGCCAUUUUAAUUAAAGAUCCUAAUGUUAAACAUUUAAUAAGUUAUUAAUAAUAACUCAGAGAAAUUGAACAGAGCAAACUGAACCCUGUUUCCGAAAACGGUUAAGUGUAAAAUUGUGAAAACAAUAAUUUUUCUCCUCAAGGUUUUCAAAUGUAGACUUCUAUUUUGGAAUUUCAGAUGUCACAUUUACAGUUGUCACGAUUUUACACUGGAACUGGCUUAGACCAGGGUAAAAAUAACAUUUCACCACUCAAUGUGCUACGUUCAAUAUCUCUAAGUAGAUUAACUAAAAUUUGGUAUAGAAUAGAAGCCUACUUUAUUG